CAGUAUUUAAGCUACGCACAGUGUCCACCUUAGUUUUACUCCUUAGUCGUCAGUCUUGACACCAAUUCAUACUCAUUACUCCCCAUCCUGAUAUCACGCUUACAUUCGCCCCUUACAAUACUACAGGAGAAGGAGAAGGAUGCCAUUGAAGAUGGUUCAGAUAAUAGUGAAUCUAAAGAGAGUAAUUAGGGCGAUGACGACUUUUAUAGUAUAUAUUAUUUAGUAGAGGAUUAGAUUAGAAAUUAGGUGAAUAUCACCACUAUUAUGUCAUCUAUUAUGACUUUUGCCACUAUUCUACCCCAUGGAUGGAUCAGAUUUGGAUGGAUUUCGCCAUUUUAUGGAUUUGGAUCGGGUUCAUCUAUAGUGGAUUUGGAUCACAUCGAAAAUCCAGCCAAAUCCAAUCCACGGGCAUCACUGAGCUGAACCAAACAAUACGCAAUCUUUAGUACCAUCGUGGUCAUGGAUGUCAUAUGACUUUAUCAAGUUUUUACCUGAAGGAUAUAUUGAAAUUCCAAAGGGUGGAGUCUGGUUUGGAUCUGACCAGAGGUUAUAUGCGCGGAUGUUCAAGCCACAAAAUUAUGAGGGAAGAGAAGAUAUGGAGCGACAUAUGGACCUGUAUAAUUACAGUCAAAAGAUUGAGGAGAUUUGGUUUGACAGAAAUAUUCAGGUUGUUGAAGAUUGUGUUGUUGUUGGCAGAGAUGUUUAUGGCUGGUUGUUACGAAGUAACUGUUACAGAGUAACAUGGGAAUCACGUGAAGAAGCGAUCAUGUUGAUCAUUUAUGAUCAAGGUGAUCGACUCGCAUAAGCGAAGGGUUGCGAUUCGCCCAAAGGAAAUGGACGAAUCAAGAAUACAGCCUGUGAUCAGUCUGAUCAUUUAUGAUCAGAAUGAUCACUAGGUUUCUUAUAUCUAUAAAAAUGUCCUGUCCCUUCCUUCACUACAGCUCUCCGUAAUUCAACUGUCUAGUUUAUCUAGUAGUUAGUUUGAAUACAU